AUGCGACCCUCGGACGCUUUCUCAAAUUCCUCGGCCUACGGGGGCCACCACGGGGAGCCCCCUCUGUCGCGCGCCGGCUUCAUGGUCCUCUCCGUCGUCAUGGCGGGUUUCACCGGUCCGGCCAUCGUACUCAACGCCGCGGUGGUCAUUGUGACCCUCAUGCACGAGCAGCUGCGGCAGCCGCUCAACUACGCGCUGGUGAACAUGGCCGUGGCUGACCUGGGUACAGCGAUGACCGGGGGGGUGCUGUCUGUGGUCAACAACGCCCAGGGGCACUUCUCCCUGGGAAGGACUGGCUGUGUGAUGGAGGGCUUCGCGGUGUCCUUGUUCGGCAUCACGUCGCUGUGCACCGUGGCUCUGAUUGCGGUGGAGAGGAUGUUUGUCGUGUGUAAACCCUUGGGGCGGAUCGUUUUCCAAAAGAAGCACGCGGUUGGAGGUAUUGCCUUCUCCUGGUUGUGGUCCCUCUCUUGGAACCUACCCCCCCUGUUUGGCUGGGGCAGGUAUGAGCUGGAGGGCGUGGGGACGUCCUGCGCACCGGAUUGGCACAACCAGGACCCCAAAAACGUCUCCUACAUCGUGGCUUACUUUGCUGUGUGCUUUGCGGUUCCUUUCGCCCUCAUCCUGGCAUCCUACACAAAGCUGAUGUGGACUUUGCACCAGGUAUCCAAGAUGACCUGUCUGGAAGGCGGUGCGGUGGCUAAGGGAGAGAUGAAGGUGGCCUCCAUGGUGGUUCUGAUGGUCCUGACGUUCCUGAUCAGCUGGUUGCCUUAUGCCAGUCUGGCCAUGCUGGUGGUCUACAACCCUAAAGUGGAGAUCCACGCGUUGGUGGGCACAGUACCUGUUUACCUGGCCAAGAGCAGCACUGUGUUUAACCCGAUCAUCUACAUCUAUCUCAACAAACAGUUUCGUAGGUUGGCCGUUCCCUUCCUGCUGGGCUGCAGGGAGCCGCUGGCUGACCAAGAGGCUUCGGAGGCGGCGACAACCGUGGAGAUUUCCCCCAGCAAAGUGUCUCCUGCUUGA